UUUAUUACAAAGUAAGUCGACAUACAUUCUGGACCUUAGAUCUCGUAAAAGCCUUGAUCUUCCUCCCGAUAACUCAUAAAUUCAUCAAGUUAAGCAGUAAUUCUAAUCAAAGCCACAAUUCCAUUCUUUGUUGUAAGUCAAUAAAAAAUUUCAUCAAGUCAUGGGAAACUUGUGCUCAAUCUCAAUCUCAAUGGAGGAUACAGUAUCUCGUUGCUGGGAUUGCAUUGUUAGGCAAGCAAGUUAUAUGUGCAAGCUUGAAGAAAAUCACAAAGCUCUGAGUCUUUCCUUGGAGGAAUUGAGAGCGCAAAGGGAUGACGUGAACCGGACGGUUGACUGUGCUGAACUACAACUUCUGAAGCGGCUCAGCCAAGUUCAAGUCUGGCUUUCAAGAGCGGAAACUAUGAUAACAGAAGUUGAGGAAUUGAUAAAAGAUAUCCCUCAAGAAACUCAGAAAUUAUGUCACGCAUGCUGCUUUUCCAAGAAUUUCAAGUCUAGCUACAAGUUGGGUCAACAAGUGGCUAGAAAACUUGAAGAAAUGGAUGAUCUAAAGAAAAAAGGAGUUUUUGACAAGGUGGCUGAGAACCAACCUGUAGCCCCAAUGGAUGUAAGACCUAUUGAGUCCACGGUUGGCUUGGAAUCAACAUUGCUUGAAGUUUGGAGCUUACUCCAAGAAAAAGAUGUGGGAAUUAUUGGUUUAUAUGGCUUGGGAGGAGUUGGCAAGACAUCACUCUUGGCCCAAAUCAACAACAAGUUUUGCAGUAUGCCAGUUGGUUAUGACAUUGUGAUUUGGUUGGUGGUGUCUAAAGAUCACACUGUUAGCAAGAUUCAAGAAAAAAUUGCAGAGAAAAUAGGCCUUUCGAACGAUAUGUGGAAGAUGAAAAGUUGUGAUGGGAAAGCUAGAGAUAUCUUUACAGUUUUGAACAAAAAAAAAUUUGUUCUAUUCUUGGAUGAUUUGUGGGAGCGUGUGGAUUUGAUCAAAGUAGGGAUACCUUUACCAAGUCUGGAGAAUGGUUCUAAACUAGUUUUUACAACUCGUCAUCUAGAGGUAUGCGGUAAAAUGGAAGCUCAAAAGAAAAUCAAAGUAGAGUGUUUGGGAGCAGAUGAAUCGUGGAAAUUGUUUCAAGACAAGGUUGGAGAAGAAACCCUUGAUAGCCAUCCAGACAUUCGAAAGCUAGCUAAAAUGGUGGCUGCAGAGUGCGGUGGACUGCCUCUGGCACUAAUCACAAUUGGUCGAGCCAUGGCUUGCAAGAAGAUACCUGAAGCUUGGAAAUAUGCUAUUGAGGUUUUAAAGCAAUCUGCACACAGAUUUGCAGGAAUGGAGGAAGAGGUAUUUUCUCUUUUAAUAUUCAGUUAUGAUAGCCUGCCUUCUGACACAAUGAGAUCAUGCCUCUUAUAUUUUAGUUUGUAUCCUGAGGAUCAUGUCAUUAACAAACGAAAUCUAAUAGAGUAUUGGUUUUGUGAGGGGCUUUUGGAUGAAUUUGACAGCAUGCGCAAAGCUCUAUUGCAAGGAUACAAUAUUAUUGAUUCUCUUCUCAAUGCUUGUUUAUUAGAACAAGCUGGAGAAGACUAUGUGAGGAUGCAUGAUGUGAUUCGUGAUAUGUGUUUGUGGAUAGCAUGCGAGCGUGAAGCAGUUGAGAAGAGAUUUUUUGUUCAAGUAGGGCAUCAAUUAGGUGAAGCACCAGAUGUUGGAAAAUGGGAAGGUGUGAGACGAAUGUCAUUGAUGCGAAAUCAAAUAGUAAAUCUUAGGUCAACACCCACAUGCCCUAACCUUCGAACUUUAUUUCUCAACAAGAAUACGCUGAAGGUGAUCAGUGAAGGCUUCUUCAAGCUCAUGCCUAAUCUGAGGGUUCUAAACCUGUCAGAUAACACUGAUCUAAGAGAAUUACCAGAAGGAAUUUCAGAAUUGGUUUCACUAGAGUAUCUUAAUCUAUCAGGUACAGGUAUAGAAGAGUUACCGGUUAAGCUAAAGAGUUUAACAAAAUUCAAAUGCUUGGACUUGAGCUCCACAGAGAAUCUGAAAAGAAUCCCACAACAACUGAUAUCUAGCUUUUCAAUUCUGCAAGUAUACAGAAUGGUUGGCUCUGGUGUUUAUUACCAAGACGGAAUGAUAGAAGGCAAUGUCCUGAAUGGAGGUAAUGCAGGUCUAAUAGAGGAACUGAAAUGCUUGCAACACUUGAAUAUGCUGAGUAUAGAAAUAAAAAGUGCUUUUGCUCUUGAAACAUUUUUAACCUCCCGCAAUUUACAAGGAUGCGCUGAAGAACUAGUGCUUCGCAAUUUUCCAGAGUCAAAGGUAUUGGAUGUUUUAUCUUUAGCAAACAUGGAGCGCUUGGAGUUCCUACAUGUUGCUAAUUGUGAUAACAUGGAAGAAAUGAAGAUAACAAGGGACUUUGGGGAAAUGAGAAUGGCACAAACUAAUACUCCUUUUAACUCACUUGGUCGCGUUUUCAUAGAGCGAUGUCGCAGACUGAGGGACGUAACGUGGCUGACUUUUGCUCCUAAUCUGACUAUGCUUUCUGUUCAUUGCUGUCCUAAAAUGGAAGAAAUAAUGAGUGAGAGAAAAUUGAAUGAAACUGAAAAUGUGGUUGGAAUUCCAUAUCCCAACCGAUUUGCUAAGCUAAAAGAGCUUCAUUUGCGGCAUCUACCACAGUUGAAGAGCAUAUGCAGUGAUGCCUUACCCUUUCCAUGUUUGACAGACAUCUCGGUGUUCAAGUGCUCAAAACUGAAGAAGCUCCCGCUCAGCUUUGACCCAGAGCGAAAUAAAAUCAGCAUUCAAGGAACGCUGUCCUGGUGGAAAGAGCUAGAAUGGGAAGAUGAAACCGCUCGAAAUAAAUGCCUUUUUGUCGACUCUAGCCUUGGCCUAUGGUGAAAUACAGAAUAUCUAAAAGACCUCAAAGGUUUCUGAUUAACAGAAAUCUUUGUCAGAGAAUCCCCCCAACUGAACUCUGACAAUGCCAAGGGAAAUCAAAUCUGCAUUCAAGGAGAAAAGGAGUGGUGGGAAACGCUAGAAUGGAAGAUAAAGCCACUCAGAAUGCUUUACUGCCUUUCUUCGAACCCCACUGAUGGUGAGGUAAAGAGAAUCCUGAAGCAAUCAGAGCUGUGAGAUUUUGGAAAGUAAGUUUACUUCCAAUUUGUCAUUUUCUUCAGCUUUGAUAAUUCUAAAUUUGUUUGCUUCGCUCUCCUUCAAUUAAUUUGUUGUGAAGUUUUCGAAUUAGUGUGAUCUAUUUACAUCCUUGAUGAGAUUGCUCUGUUGUUUUGA